AGUCCGUUACCCCCGGAAGUAGUUCCUUAGCUCUAAGCGCGCGUGCGCACUACGAAGUCGUGGCGGUUGUCUCUCGGCUGCGCGGCCUCCGUCCUAGUUUCUCUCCUGGUCGCACUGUGAAGCCCUCAGGCCUUCACCAUGGAUUUCCAGCACCGCCCCGGGGGCAAGACGGGCAGUGGAGGUGUGGCCUCCUCCUCCGAGAGCAACCGGGACCGCAGGGAGCGCCUCCGGCAGCUGGCGCUGGAGACCAUCGACAUCAAUAAGGACCCAUAUUUCAUGAAAAACCACCUGGGAUCCUACGAGUGCAAGCUCUGCCUGACCCUUCACAACAACGAGGGGAGCUACCUGGCACAUACCCAGGGGAAGAAGCACCAGACCAACCUGGCCCGGCGAGCGGCCAAGGAGGCCAAGGAAGCCCCCGCCCAGCCAGCGCCCGAGAAGGUCAAGGUGGAGGUAAAGAAGUUUGUGAAGAUUGGCCGUCCUGGCUACAAAGUGACCAAGCAGAGGGACACAGAGAUGGGCCAGCAGAGCCUCUUGUUCCAGAUCGACUACCCUGAGAUCGCCGAGGGCAUCAUGCCCCGCCACCGCUUCAUGUCUGCCUAUGAGCAGAGGAUUGAGCCCCCAGACCGCCGCUGGCAGUACUUGCUGAUGGCCGCGGAGCCCUACGAGACCAUUGCCUUCAAGGUGCCCAGCAGAGAGAUCGACAAGGCCGAAGGCAAAUUCUGGACUCACUGGAACCGGGAAACCAAGCAGUUCUUCCUCCAGUUCCACUUCAAGAUGGAGAAGCCCCCGGCUCCACCCAGCCUCCCCGCAGGGCCCCCUGGGGUGAAGCGACCCCCACCCCCACUGAUGAAUGGUCUGCCCCCCAGGCCACCACUGCCUGAGUCUCUGCCCCCGCCCCCGCCGGGAGGCCUGCCUCUGCCCCCCAUGCCCCCUUCUGAUCCUGCAGCUCCAGGGGUACACCCCCAGCCUCCUGGAGUUCACCCCUCCAAUCCUGGGGUACACCCCCCAACUCCCAUGCCUCCAAUGCUGAGGCCCCCUCUCCCCUCGGAGGGCCCUGGGAACAUUCCUCCCCCUCCCCCAACCAACUGAGGAGUCUCCUGCCCUCCCUGUUCUGUCUGGCUGCUUGUUUUUCUGUAUUUUCCCACAGAGGGCCUGAGCUUUUGUAUUGUCCCCAGAGCCCAUUAAACAGCCUCCCCCAUGUC